AUGCCGCGUACAUACCCACGCACACGGCCGUCCCGCAUCGCGCUCAUGAUGUCGCUCUUCUUCCUCAACGCCCUCGCGACCGAAACCUCUUCGUCCACGCCACCGCGCUCGCUCGCGCGUCGAGACUCGUGGCGGCCAGACACCGAGCUGCCGGGCGCCAAGUUCGUGCUGGGCGACGGCAAGACCGAGGGUGUCAAGGCGAAAGGAUACGAAGGAGAAUGGCCGCUCUGGUCGGGAUUCCGCAACGGCCAAGCUAAAGACAAGCCUUCGGGAUCGCAACCGGCGGUCGGGGGUGGUAAUGCGACCGACUAUGUCUGCGUCCCCGCGGGCGACUGCAAUCCCUGCCCGGAUGAUGUAGUGCAUCUUCCGUUCUGUCGACCGUACAACAACCGGCGGCGCGUGGCGUGCAGUCCCGUAGCCGACCGUGUCGACGCUUCGGCCGUUCGAACAGCCAUAGACACUGCCAAUGCAGCACGCAAUGCGACCGACUCGACAGCGGCCGCGCUGCUGGGCUGGGAAGCAUGCGGCAAGUCGGCCAAGCAAGAAGCCAAAGACUACUUUGAGAUGAUCGCGGUUGUGGCGGUGCUGGCGGUGGUGUCGGUGUGGGCGUUUGUGCAGCGGCAGAAGGUGCUGUUCCAACGCCAGAAUCAACAGCUCCUCUACCGUGUCUCGGGCCAGCGUCGGUCGUCAGGCAUGCCCAACGCGGCUGCUACGCCUCGAGCGCCAGCGCCCGGUCGCAAACGCGCAGCGAGGCUCGCACCCCCACUGGCAUCUUCCUCACGCAGCUAG